UGGGCAUGCGCAACAUCACUCGCGCCGACAAAAAACUUGUUUAUUCUGCAUGUAAAAUAGAAAAACAAUUGAUUCUGACUUAAUUUACUAAUUCCACGUGGAUAGUUUAAUCUUAUAUUGACAUAGUCUGCAAAUAACUCUUCAAAACUGAUUACUGAAGCAACAUUUUCAGGCAACACGUGGGUAAACGGGCACCUGUUCGUAAAUAUUUGGUAACCGGAGCAGCAACCAAAUGUAAACAACUUUCUAGAGUGUCAAGAUGAAAGCAUUUUUAAAGGGAAAUGAUGGUUCUGCAUUUACCUUAGCCCCCAAAGUGACAACUGUUGGACGUGAAGGUUGUGAUAUCAACUUACAGACACAAGGUGUUGACCUUCAACAUAGUGUUAUUGAGUACAGUGAACAAGAAGAUGGUUAUGUGCUGCAAGAUUUGAACACAUCCCAAGGAACAUAUGUAAAUGAAUGCAGAGUUCAGAAUGCUACUGUCAGAUUGGCGCCUGGAGACCUAAUAAAGUUUGGAUAUAAUGGUGUACCAUUCAUAUUAGAAAUUGAAAAUCCACCACCAGAGCGACAGUUUUCACAAAGUCAGUUAAGAUCAUCCACUCAGAUAAGUUACCCACCUGUUCAGCAAAGACCAGCAUGGACACAACCCUUGACUCUCCUCUCAGAUGCUGUAGGUUACACUGGAGUAGAAGUACCUCAGUCCAACCCCCUUCCAUAUCUUCAAACUGGAGUUUCAACAUUUACUAUUCCAUCAACAGUUUGGACACCUGUCAAUCAGGGCCCUGCACCACGACCACCUACUCUCAGGAGUCGCCCUCUCAGUGCUGGAGCAACAAGAAGGGGAACAACUAAUGCAUUUGAAAAGUUUCAGACAAUUGGUGGAACACCAGUGGCAUCUCCUGUUGUACAACGACCAACAUCAAGUUGUGGUUGGGUUGGUAAUGCAAGACAGCAAACAACUUCAACAGAAACUUUACGUCUUCAAGAAAAGGAACAAAGGAUAAUGCAGCUUCAAGAAGAAGUAUCCCGUCUACGUGCUAUGGAUAUGGAAGCUUAUAAAAAAGACCAACAAAUUCAAUUAUUACAGUCUCAGCUCUCAGAGGCUCAACAGAGGAUAUAUCAACAGCCUUUGAUAAUGGGAAGUGACCCUGACUUCACACAGAGAAUAGUUCAUUUAGAAAAUGAAGUCACUGCCAAAAAGGAGGAAAUUGCAGCUUUAAGGGAACAGCUUGUAUUAUUGCAAUCCACUGAGACAAAAGUCCUCCUUCCUGAAGAAAUAGCAGAGAAAAAUAAAGAAUUAAACAAUGUUAGAAAUGAGUUGGAACGUGUAAAAAAAGACAAGGGCAUUACAACUGGACUUGUCACCCAGAUGCAGCGUGAUAUGUCCAGCAAAGACUCAACAAUAAGUAAAUUUACAAGAGAAAUAGAAACAUUAAAGAAAGAGUUAAGAGAACGAGACACACAGAUAACUACAAUUACAGCAAAGUUAAACAAGCCAAAGGAUACACCACGUACAACAGAAGAUAAAGAUGCCAGAGAAAAAGAACUCAUAAGUCUAAGACAGAAAUUCAAGUCAGCAGAAAACAAAACACAAGAGCAACAAGAUCUGAUUGUCAGUCUGAAGCAAGAACUUGAAAAAAUGAAACUUAAAGUGUAUGAAGAACAAAGUGUUCAGAAGAAACUUGAGAUUGAUGUAGAAAAAGUCAAAGCAGAAUUGAUUGAUGUUCAGAGAGCUGAAAGGAUGGUCAGGGUAGAUAUGGAACAAGCUUCUAAAAAAGCUGAAAGAUUUCACAGUAGGAUUGUACAGACAGCAUUUUCUACUCCUGGAAUUAAAGCACCAGAAGCAGAAAUUAGUGAUGAUGAACUUGUUGAAACUUUGAAAAAAUUAAUUGAUGAACGAACAGAUUUCUAUAAGAAAAUUAAGGACUUAGAAGCAGACUUGAAAUUAGCGGAAACCUCUACUAGUAAAUUAAAGAAAACAAAUGGAAAACUACGCAGUCAAGUGGAAGAAGUUGUUUCACAUUUGAAAGAGAAUGGAUUUUCCUGCAGUUCAGUCAAACAGGAAAUUAGUUUAUUGCAGUCAUCAUCUACAGAUGAAUCCAAUGUUUGGGUUAGAGAUGCUCUUGUUAGUAUUCUAUCUGGUGCUAGUUCAUGGGAGCAGCAUAUUGACAAUGCACUGGAGAAAUGUGGUGUUAAUGUACGCUUGUCUAGUGAUGGUCCUGAUAAACACAUUCUUUCAUUAUUUUCUAAAUGGGAAGCAUCAAUAAGUGAAAAGGAAAGACUUGUAUCACAAAUAUCUACAUUAGAACAACAAUACAAAGCAGACUUAGAACGACAAGUCAGUAUCACAAAAUCAGAUUCAGACAACAGGGUUACAGAUGCUGUGGAAAAAGCCAGACUAGAAGCUGAAGAAAGAUUGAACAGAGCACUGGAAGAAAUUAAAGCAGUAGAGGAGGAAAAGAGAAGAAUAGCUGUGGAAUCAGAACAGACAAAGUUAGAAGAACUACAGGAAGUGAUCGACAAACUUAGAAUGGAUCUCAUGGAGAAGGAAUCUGGGAGCAAGGAACAACUAGAGGAAGCUUUAUCACAAGUGUCAGAACUAGAAACAUUGAAAUUGACAAUUGUAGAAUUAGAACAACGCAAUGUCGUAUUAGAAGCAACAAUUUCUGAAUCUUCUUCAAAAUAUGUGUCAGAUUCAGGAGAACGGGAAAAGAAAUAUGAACAAGAUUUAUUGUCUUUCAAAGAACAAACUAAACAACAUUCUGUUACUAUUUGUGCAAUGGAAGAAAGAUUGAAAAAGUUAAUGAAGAAAAACAAAGAAUAUCAAGAUGAAAUUUCUUCACAUAAAAAGACAAUACAAGAUAUGAAGAUACAGAUGAAUGAUCUCAGGAAUAGAGCCACUGCCAAUGUUAGACCUGACAUCCCUCCAAAGCCAAAGGUCAUAGUCCAGAAACCUACACAAGAUAUCAUAGCCAUGGAACAACUCAUUGUUAUGUUAAGGAAAGAGAGCGGUGAUUUGAAAUUAAAACUACAAGAUCAGGAUGAUUUGAUUCUUGGAUUACGACGAGAUUUAGCAGGAGCUCAUGCUAGAUUAUCAGAUGUUACAGGAGAAUUAAGUGAAAGCCAGAAACAGGAAAUUGAGAGAAACAAGGAUCUGUUGUUACAGAGAGAAAGAGAACUUAUGGACAUAAGACAACAGUUGGCUAAAUUGUCUAAAAUUAUAGAUAAACAGAAAGAAGAGAUGAAAUCAGUGGAAUGUGAUCUCAGCAAAGAGAAAUCUAUAUCAGUGAAAUACAAGUCACAUAUCGAGGAAAAAUCUAGAAGAAUAGUAGAGUUGGAGGGUAAACUAUUGGAAAACAACGAAGAACAAAAGAAGCAAUUAGAUCUUCUUGAUCAAGAGGGAAGAAUUACCUCAGAAAUGACAGCUCUCGGUGCUCAGUGUCGUGGAGAAAGACAUGAACAGGUUAUUACACGACAGAGGGAGGCACUUUCUGAACUGAGGUCAAGGGUCAAGGUCUUAGAACAGGCCAAUCCUCCAUUGCCAACAAAGGAUCAGGCUUUACAACAAGUAUUAGUCCUGAAGAAAGAAUUAGCAGAAAUGAGAGCCAACCAGGCUUUGUCUGAAGACAGCCACAUACUGAAUGUAUCAUCACUAGACCGAGAGGUCAACAGGGCUAGAGGGCUUCUGACAAAUGUUAAUGCUGAAGCUGACAUGGAACGAAGUGCUCAUAGAGAAACAAUGGAUGCCCUAGAGGCUAGUGAAAAUACUUAUUUGACACUUCUCAGAGCUAUUGCUAGCUGUCUUGAUGUUGAUUCUGUACAAGGAUUACGUCCCAUUGGUCACAUUCCAAAGGAUGAGCGUCAGCGACUGAUGGACGAAAGAGAAAGAGCUUGUGAAGCCUUGACUGUCAAAAUCAAAUUAAUUAGAGAAAGAAUUGACCGAAAAGAUGAACUGUUACAGGGUUAUGAGAGAGAUCUAGCAAGAAUGAGACAAGCAACAGAACUAGCAGAAAAGAAAACUACACAAGUUGAUAGUCUAGCAACUGAUAUAAAGAAUAGAACAGAAGAAACACACUACUUACGAGAGUCUUUGAACAAAACAAGAGAUAGACUUGACCAGGAACGCAGACUUAAUUCGGCUAUUAAACAAAGGAAGACAUUCCACCUUGAGAAUGAGAAAGCACAUAUACGACCACCAUCACAUAGAUGCCCUCCAGAGGAUAUUUUUGGAAAGAAUGCUGCUAAAAAGAGAGCAGAAAAAGAAGCAGCAAAGAGAAGAAAAUAUGAAAUAAAAACCUUAAAACAGGAAUUAACAGACAAAGAGAGAUCCCUUUUUGAAAGUGAAAAUAGAUUGUAUACAAUUGAAAAUAGUAUGGGCUUUGAGAGGAGAAUAGAAGCAGAAGUGGAGUCCUAGUUUUAACCCCAGAGCUUAAAUAGAUUAUGUUAUAAACCCUAGAUUAGACACUACUCUGAUGAUGUCUCUGGGAAACUGGUGCUUCAUUACUAUCAUAGAGUGAUUGGAUAGACAGCUUGUAUACAAACAUACUAUUUCAUAAAGAGCUAACAAUUAAUUAACAUAUGUUAUAUUUUCAUGUACAUCAAAUUGAACAAGCAAUAAUAUAUUCAUUUAGCAUCAGUCAGUAAAAGCGUGUUUAGCAGGGAUGAUGUUGACACUCGUUAAUUAAUUAGUUUUUGCAAGCGCUGUUGUUUAAUGGAAAUUUGGUGUUUAAUAAGGGAUAUUUUUAGAGAAUCGAAAAGAAGUCCAGAUUUACAUUAUGAAUUCCUGUUAAGAUUGAUGCAACUGAUGUAAAAUUUAAAAAAAAGUAUUUUGUUGAAUGUAGUUAUAUUGUUGUCUUAAAUGAUACAAGAAGUGAAUUAAAUUUCUGAUAUAUUUUCAGUUUAUUUGACCUUUUUAUUUAGCAGAGAGAGCUCUAAUGAUAGCCAGGAAUAUCAGAUUUCAGGAACAGCUCAAUAUUUUACAUCUUUUAUAUCUAGUGAAUUUUCUAAAUCUUUAUUUCAAUAAAAGGUCUUUUUCAUAAUAACGUUGACCAUAGGUAGUUAGAAUUUAGCAGUAUUAGUAUAGUUCAAUGAAGUUUAUUUGAUACUGGUGUUUAUAUUUUUAUAUUGCUUAUUUUAUGUGAAUGUAGCUACCUUUUACCAAUUUGAUUAAAGUUCUGUUACUUAAACCUUACAUCCAAUAAUAUGAAAUAUAACAACCUGUUCAAUGAUAAAUAUAGAUUAUGAAUAAGAUGAGAUGAACAUUUAUGAUAAUGGGAUUUUGCUCCUUUAAGAUUUAAAUAUAUUGGGGAUUUAAAAGAAGUUCGAUUAAAUUUAUUUUAAAAUUAAAAAAGAUCAAUUUGGUCAGAAAUACAUUUUUAAAUAAGACUCAAAGCUUCCAGACAACUAAAAUUUGUGUUAUGAUCAUGUAAAAAAUCAAAAUAUUUUGAGAAAUUGUCUAUUAUUUAUGCAUUUUAUUGUAAUUUAUUUUUAUAUUGUAGACAUUGUUGUAUACAUUGUAAACUGUGAUACCGAUUUGGACAUUAUUGUCUAUGUUUAUUUAUAUGUUAUAUCGUUUUUUUCGAUGUUUUUAGAAAUUCUGAGAAAUAUUACAUUUUACUGUUUCCGUCCUAACUGUAGAAAUUUGAAUAUAGUGUAGCUUUCUUAUAAUGUAAGCAGGCACAGAUGACAUAAUAAACUAGCCAGCUUGGCUCAAAUGUC